AUGGCUGGUUCAUUAUCUUUCAUUUUUCUCUGCCUGCCGGUACUGUCCAUAAUACUCUUGGCGAAUGCAGAUCCUAGUGUUCAUAUCCAUCGCCGCUCCCCAGAAAAACCUUCCAAGCCAUCUGGCAUUCGCGGACAAAAAUCGGGUAUAUUGAAGCCUAGUUCCAUCGAGGACGCGUCCGGAAAUCUCCCCGACCCGAAAGGCGCAGCGAAAGCUACUCCAUUUGGCUUCGGAUCCAAAGUAACUGGUGGCGGCAAAGCCAAACCUCAAACACCAAGGAGUCCCGCCGAACUGGAAGCCUGGCUGACUGACAAAGUCCCAAGAGUUAUUAGGAUCGACAAAACUUACGACUUUACUUCUCCCACUAACACAACCACCACAGGAUGCAAACCUUGGAAGUCUUGUCCAAACGGAAUGGAGACAACUGGUGUAGCAAAGAGAAAAAGCUUCCGGGAAACGUUCCCUCUCUCCGUUGAAUCCGAUAAAGAUUCAAGUUUUCUUAUAUAUCGCGUCCAAAACAUCAUCAUUCAGAAUGUUCACAUUACCUGGCUCAAUCCAUCCAUUGUCUGGGGAGGUGAUGCAAUUAUGAUGGACGGCGCGAAAGAUAUAUGGAUCGAUCACUGCACUUUCAGCCACAUAGGUCGUCAAAUGAUCGCCAGCGGCGGUAUGCAACAGGUUGAAGCCAACACGGGUAUCACAAUAUCCAACAACCUUUUUUCGGGAAAAACUAAAUGGUCACAAAGGUGUAGCAACCGUCAUUACUGGACAGUACUACUCUCCGGCGCCGAUGACCAAAUAACUAUGGCUCGCAACUGUAUUGAUUCAACCUCAGGCAGAACUCCAAAAACAGGGGGUUCUGGGAAUCCCAAGGUACUACUACACUACUACAACAAUGUGCACACGAAUAUUUUAGGUGAGACGUUUGAGAUAGGAAGUGGAAGCAAAGUCUUAGCGGAAGGAAACCUUUUUGAAAACGUCAAAAUCCAAAACCCUUCCGAUAUCGAAACACAAGACGCUGGGCACUCUUAUGUGCCUAUGAAACCUGAAGAAGCCGCUCGAUGCACGUCAAUUCUGGGAAGACCUUGUGUCACUAACCUAUUGAGAAAGUCCUCGCCAUACAAGUUUGCUCUCGAUAGCCAAAUUUUGGAUAAUUUUAAAACGUUUCCAGCGGUGGCACGAGCCAAUGUCUCGCCCGCCUCCAGCAUCCAGCGUGAAGUUGCAGGCCAAUGUGGUGCUGGUCAUAUCUAA